AUGGCUAUUGUUUCAAGAAAAAAUCCAGAGGAUGUCCAGGAGAUAGUCGUUUGGAAGAGAUACAGUGACUUUAAGAAACUGCACAAAGACCUCUGGCAAAUUCAUAAAAACCUAUGCAGACACACAGAACUCUUUCCGCCUUUUGCCAAAGCAAUAGUAUUUGGGCGAUUUGAUGAAACUGUGAUUGAAGAAAGAAGGCAAUGUGCUGAAGAUCUCUUGCAGUUUUCUGCUAAUAUCCCUGCUCUCUAUAACAGCAAGCAGCUUGAAGAGUUUUUUAAGGGUGGAGAGGUACAUGAUGGGUCUGAACUGAUAGGUCCUGUUGAGCCUCUGUCUGACUCUCUUACUGACAACCUGUCUGACUGCAGCUCUGAAGUUCGAAAGGAUUUAAGUGGGCUCGAUGAUGUGACACUUACCAGCCAAUCGGAAUGCGGAGGCUUCUCCAGUGACAGUGACCUGAUCUCUCUGACAGUUGAUGUAGACUCUCUUGCCGAGUUAGAUGAUGGAAUGGCAUCCAACCAAAGUUCUCCUAGUAGAACUGUUGGCCUUUGCCUUACUUCUGAACCCUCAGUGCAAAGCACGCUGGCACCUGAGCAGGGGUGGAGCAAACCCGAAGGAGAGAGGGAAAGCCAUAGUUUGUUUACUGGAAGCUUAAAACCCAAGCCUGGCAAACAAGAUUACUUGGAGAAAGCAGGCGAGUUGAUAAAACUGGCCUUGAAGAAGGAGGAGGAGGAAGAUUAUGAAACUGCCUUCAGCUUUUAUAGAAAGGGGGUUGAUCUGCUUCUGGAAGGUGUUCAAGGUAUGGAUCUUCCCAUUAU